CCACCAACUAAGUUUUCUUGGCCUUUGUUCUGUUCCGCGAAAGUGUCGUGCUCAUCAUCACACACACACACACACAAUCAUCAUCAGACUACAGCCUACCAAAGCUACCAAUAUCAACAAACAACAACUAUUUUCAACAGAAGAAAAAGCGACCGCCUCCUUUUCGUUUCUUUCUUGAUACAUUGGAAAUAACACUUGUAAAGGAUGUCUACCGCGGUGAUGUCACAGAAUGCGAUGUACGAGUUCGGCGAUAUUAUUAUAAAGAAUAACGGCGUGCCGAGUCCAGAGUCGUCGCCAGGUUCCCAUUUGGCCGUCGGUUCAGCCGCAGCCGUCCGAUACACCCUCAGUCGCAUGGCAUCCACGCCGAACGCGUCGGCCACUGCUAGUCUAGUGAGUUCCAUCCUCGGCAACUUCACGCAACAACACAGGCGUCUGGAGAGGACGCAGUCGGCCCCGGCGCCGGCCUCCGCUCUCCCAGCAACCCAGGGAAACACCUCCAGGUACAAGACGGAGCUGUGCCGUCCGUACGAAGAGUUCGGCGUGUGUAAAUACGGUGAUAAGUGUCAAUUUGCCCACGGCAUUGCGGAACUGCGCAACUUGGCCAGGCAUCCGAAAUACAAAACGGAAUUGUGUCGCACCUACCACACGGUCGGGUUCUGUCCUUACGGCCCUCGGUGCCACUUCGUGCACAACCAAGAGGAAGUCAUGCAACAGACCCGAUCCUCAAUGCCAACGGCAAUCCUAGCCGUCAACAGGAACAACCGUCAACGUCCCGCCGCCCUAAGUCCUGCACUCUCCCUGGACAGUAACAACAGUCCACCCUGCAGCCUAAGUCAAUCACCUACAUCCUCUAUGGGUUCCUUCUUCAGCAGCGAACCUGAGCUGCACUCCCCUGGCGUUGUCGACGAUCAGAGGUUACCAGUGUUCAACAGGUUGUCCGCUCCCCUUUUAACGCUCGGCGAGCUUCCGUAGUGCCCAAAUCUUCUAUUCUUCAAACCCUUUUUUUUAAUAAUAUUAUCAUUAUUUAUAUACUUCUUAUUUCAAAAGAUAAAAAAUGAAACCAUUUACUCAGACAAUUAUUUAAUUUUGCAGUGUCUAUUUAUAUUUCUAUAUUAUAUAUUAUAUAAUUAUAUUCUGC